AUGACGGAUGGGUCUGCAUGGAACUCCACCUUUGUCUACGUCCUUUGGAUGAUCUGGAAAGAUAGCAACAAUUUAAUCUUUAAUGAUAAAAGGGAGCCUCCAGAUCAGGUGGUGGAGCUUGCUGGUAAGAUGGCUGCAGAAGCGAGGAACCUUAUCACUAGGCACGCAGGUGUCGCCAACGGAGCCCAGAAAUGGAUUUGCUGGUCACCUCCUCAACCAGGUUGGGUAAAGCUGAAUACUGAUGGGGCAAUGAAACUUCUCGGCCGAGCUGUGGGGCCUAAGGGAGGGUCUACGGCUCUGCCUGAGAGAGGGUUCGAGAAUGUGUGGGUCGAAAUGGACUCGGCGGCAGUAGUGGCCAUUUUGAAUGGGGGGCUAAGCGGGGAAGCAACGAUUACUUCGCUCAUCAAGGAUUGCUUGGAUCUCGUGAAAAAGUUACACAGGUUUCGGGCUUCUCAUAUUGAGAGAGAGGGGAACAAAUGUGCUGAUUGGCUUGCAAAUCAUGGCCAGAUAAUUGAUUGGGGGACUCUAACCCUUCAUAAUGCCCCGAUCGAGUUAAACGAUCUUCUUAACGCAGACGCUCAUGGCACACCGGCUUUACGGAUUAGAUAA